GAACUUUGAGCGGGGAAAUGAAGUUGAUUAGCAUGAAGCAAGAGUGAUCGAGCGAGUGGUAGAUGAUUAGGGUAGCCUAGAUGGAUGUAUAUUCAUGGUUCCGACGAAGCGUCUCUAGAACUACAAAGACCACCACCACCACCACAACUGUUACUGCUCAACCGGACGACGAACUACUCUACGGCGUCACUGACCAAUUACUCGAUUUUAUCAAAUCCUUCUCCAUUGACACCUUUCGAAAUUUCUCUCUCCCAGAUGAGGACGAUGGAGAUGCACCCGAGAAUGUACGGAAAGAUCUAUCCGAUUGGCAACAGCGUCAUGCUUUGCUAGUUCUCUCCAAACUCAAGGAACUCUCACAAUUGAGGUUCAAAUUAUGCCCCCGUUUUUUAAAGGAUCACCAAUUUUGGACGAUAUAUUUUGCUCUCGUUAAGGGUUUUGUUGCCAAAUAUGAGCUACGUGCUAUACAAUUAGAUAAGCUCAAACAGAUGAGCUUAGAAAGUGAAAAUACACCAGAUGUUGCUGCAUGCGAAGUUGAGAUGUCUGAAGCGAAGAAAACAACAGAUCUAUCGCCUACAAUUUCUGAGGAGCACAAUUAGUAUCUCCUUUGGAUAUGUCACUAGUUAUCAGUGCAAGAAAAGUGGCUCAUCUAUGAGCAACAUUCAAGUGUGCCUUCCUGUUUCUGCUAUGCAUAUUUGAAGGCAGUGUCAAUAAAAUAAAACAGAAUAUCUGAAUUUUCUGAUUUAUGAUCAUAAAAAACUGCAAGCCGAGCAAAAUUUUAGAUGAAACUCAUUGUUGAUUGGAAAUGCUUGUUCAUCAAGAAAAGGGGAACAUUUUUGCAAAAUUGGUGUGUCAUGUGACAACUUCUACUAUACCUGCAUUACUGUAAUUGAUAAUCUGGUAUUGUUCUGC